AUGCAACGAAAUUUCUUUGGAUCUCAUUUUCUUCCCAAAAGUAAAGUUUAUAUUCAUUAUUGCACACGAUCAUACAGAGGUUGUUCACAAAAUGUCAUCAAUAAUGUAUUCAAUAAUGAUACGUGGGUUCUUCAGAAACCGCUAUUAAAACAUUUACCAAUUCAAGAGCAGGAUAUAACGUAUUACAAUGGAAUGAGUACUAAACCAUUUGAAUUUCAGUUAAAUAAAGACAACAAAUCCAUCUACACAAAGGAUCCAAAAUUUAAAAAUCAAUUUGAUAGUGCAUUACAACAAUUAUAUCACAGUAAAAUUAGAAACAGAACGUUGGAACAUGCGUCCAGAUCACCAUUUUUAGAGUCAUCGUGGUUGAAGCUUCGAGAUUAUAUAUAUCAGCAGCUUGAAGAUCCACAGUUACAAACGCAAAUCCAAUCAUAUAAACCAACAAUUUUCCAAAGUGUACAACCAACAUGCCCUUCUCAUUUAAUUGCUCAGUUAUAUAAUUGUAAUAAAAUACCGUUAUCCUCAUGGCGUGCUAUUAUGCGUUUAUCAGAAGAGACUCCCUUGACACAAUCACAGAUAUACAAUUAUAUCCUUUCCAAGACCAUUACAUAUAUUAAUGAAAAAGAAACAAUACCACAACGAUUAAAGACUAUAGAUACAGAUGAUACAGACAGUGUUGAUGUUGGAAAUCCAUCUGAGUGGUAUCCUGAAACGAGAAAAAUUAAACGUCAUAUAAUUUUACACUUGGGUCCUACAAACUCUGGUAAAACCCAUAGAGCACUUAAAAAACUGAGAGAAGCUGAUAGAGGUUACUAUGCAGGACCAUUAAGGUUGCUUGCAAGAGAAGUAUAUGACCGAUUUAAACAAGAAGGGAUGUCAUGUAAUCUUCUAACGGGGGAGGAAGUGAUUAACGAAUUAGACCCUUUAGGAAAUAAAGUUGGCCUCACGGCUGGAACGGUAGAAAUGUUACCUACAACAUCUGAGUUUGAUGUUGUUGUAUUAGAUGAAAUUCAAAUGAUGUCAGAUGAGGAUAGAGGCUGGGCAUGGACAAAUGUCCUCCUAGGUGCAAAAGCAAAAGAGUUACAUAUCUGUGGUGAAAAGAGUGCGUUACCUUUGAUUAAGAAAUUAAUAAAGAUUACAGGUGACAAGCUUACUGUGAACGAAUACGAAAGAUUAGGAAAACUAGAGGUUGAAGACAAGCCCAUAGGUAAUAGCUUAAAGGGGUUAAGAAAAGGUGAUUGUAUAAUAGCAUUCUCGAAAAAAAAAAUCUUAGAUAUGAAACUGAAAAUAGAGAAAAUGACAAAUUUGAAAGUUGCUGUAAUAUAUGGUUCUUUGCCACCGGAGACUCGUGUUCAACAAGCAUCUUUAUUUAAUUCGGGUGAAUACGAUGUGCUAGUUGCUUCCGAUGCAAUUGGUAUGGGUUUAAAUUUAGCUAUAGAUCGUGUGAUAUUUAAUACUGACAUGAAAUUUAAUGGUAAAGAGAUGGUUACGUUGACAGACUCUCAAAUCAAACAGAUCGGUGGACGUGCGGGCCGUUUCAAAUCAACAAAUACAUCCAUAACAUCUUCAGGUGGUGAAGUAAGACCAACUGGUUAUAUUACAGCUGUCGAUCCUAAUGUCCUAGGCACGAUCAGACGUGGUAUGGAGGCACCAGUCAAAUAUUUGGAAUCUGCAGUAGUUUGGCCAACUUUUGAGAUUUGUUCACAAUUGUUGGUCAGAUUCCCACCUGGAACUAGUUUCAGUUUCUUAUUGACUCGAUUUUCUCAACAAAUGAAAGUUCAUGAGGAUAAAACAUACAAAUUACCAGAUUUUGAAGAUCGAUUAAAAAAUCUGGCAUUAUUUGAACAUAUUGAAGAUAUUCCAUUCGCUGAUCAAUUAAGAUUAAGUUGUGCUCCAAUUAAAGAUAUGCCAUUAGUCAAAGAUGCCUUCAGGAAAUUUUGUAGGACUAUCGCUAACCGUCAUAGUAGAGGUCUCCUAUCUUAUAAUUUCCCAUUCGAAUUACUAAAUUACCAAUGUAUAGACAAUGAAAAAUAUACGUUAGAACAAUACGAAGCAUUAUACAAUAUCAUAAUGUUAUUUUUCUGGUUAGGUAAUAGGUACCCAAAUUAUUUCAUAGAUACUGAAUCAGCUAAGGAUCUCAAGUAUUUCUGCGAGUUGAUCAUCUUCGAGAAACUGGAUCGUCUGAAGAAGAAUCCCUACAUGCAACGCGGAACUAGCGGUGGUAUUCGUUCACUCUACAUCAAACAUCGUAGAAAGUAA